GAAUAAAUGUAUAGGGGAAAGGCAGGAGCCUUGGGGGUCGAGGAAAACAGGUAGGGUAUAAAAAGGGCACACAAGGGACCAAGUCCAGCAUCCUAGAGUCCAGAUUCCAAACUGCUCAGGGUCCUGUGGACAGAUCACUGCGUGGCAAUGGCUACAGACUCUCGGACCUCCUGGCUCCUGACCGUCAGCUUGCUCUGCCUGCUCUGGCCUCAGGAGGCUAAUGCUUUUCCCGCCAUGCCCUUGUCCAGUCUGUUUUCCAAUGCUGUGCUCCGAGCCCAGCACCUGCACCAGCUGGCUGCUGACACCUACAAAGAGUUCGAGCGUGCCUACAUUCCCGAGGGACAGCGCUAUUCCAUUCAGAAUGCCCAGGCUGCUUUCUGCUUCUCAGAGACCAUCCCAGCCCCCACAGGCAAGGAGGAGGCCCAGCAGAGAACUGACAUGGAAUUGCUUCGCUUCUCGCUGCUGCUCAUCCAGUCAUGGCUGGGGCCCGUGCAGUUCCUCAGCAGGAUCUUCACCAACAGCCUGAUGUUCGGCACCUCGGACCGUGUCUAUGAGAAACUGAAGGACCUGGAAGAGGGCAUCCAGGCUCUGAUGCAGGAGCUGGAAGAUGGCAGCCCCCGUGUUGGGCAGAUCCUCAAGCAAACCUAUGACAAGUUUGACGCCAACAUGCGCAGCGACGACGCGCUGCUCAAAAACUAUGGGCUGCUCUCCUGCUUCAAGAAGGACCUGCACAAAGCGGAGACCUACCUGCGGGUCAUGAAGUGUCGCCGCUUUGUGGAAAGCAGCUGUGCCUUCUAGCCACUCACCAGUGUCUCUGCUGCACUCUCCCGUGCCUCCCUGCCCCCUGGCAACUGCCGUCCCUGCGCUUUGUCCUAAUAAAAUUAAGAUGCAUCAUA